GUUUACAGAAUACAGCAAAAUGAUAUACUUGGACUCGGACACGCAAGUGUUCGAAAACAUAGAUCAUCUGUUUGACCUACCGGAUGGGAAUCUAUACGCAGUUCCCGACUGUGUGUGUGAGGAAGACGGGCCACCCUGCCCAGAGACGCUCCCCUGGCCCGAAGUAUUGGGGCCCAGGCCUGCCUUUUAUUUCAAUGGAGGCAUGUUUGUGUUCCAGCCCAUCCUUUCCACCCACAACCAGCUUUUGAAGACUUUCAAAGCCACCCCUCCUACUGCUUUCGCAGAGCAGGACUUCCUAAACAUGUUCUUCAAAGACAAGUGCAAGCUCAUCCCAUGCGUGUACAACAUGAUGGUCAACAUGUUGUGGCGCCAUCCAGACAAAGUGCACCUCAGCCAAGCCAAAGUUGUU